AUUCAUAUUGGAUCCAUAUUCUACGGCCUCGUGGUUAUGUGCCUCAAGAUUGCGAUCCUGCUGGACUGGCUGAGGCUGUUUGUGCAGCAGGGACAACGCUGGAUGUUCUGGACCUUACAUGCUUUAAUAUGGGCCAACAUCAUUUACUACGGGUCGGGUACGUUGAUAGAAGUAUGGCGCUGCCACCCACACGAAAAGAUCUGGAAUCCGCUAUUCGAGGGCGGCAGUUAUCCCAUUAAUAUUGGAGCGAACAAUUUUGUUUCUGGAAUUGUCAACAUUCUAUCCGACUUCGCCAUAUUGCUACUACCACAGCGGAGGACCUGGAAAUUGCACAUCUCUCGCCCUAAACGACUCGGCGUAUCGCUGCUCUUUGCAAAUUGGACUGUUGUGAGUACCACCUCUAAUGUUUCAUGA